CAUUCCAUUCUCCAUCAAUUCCUUUCUCUUCUCUCUCUCUCUCUCUCUUUUAUUUUUUUUAUUUUUUAUUUUUGGUUCCACUUUCUUAUACCUUUAUUGCUCAUUCUGAAUUUUGAAGACAAAAAUGUUGGCUUUGUUUAGGCUUGUCCAAGACGAAUUAGGAUGUUCCUCAAAAAUUUUAUUUUCCAAUGUGAAAAUAUGAAGUUAUGGACAAAACUUGAGGAAAUGUGUAUGAAGAACUUUGUAACUACUUUUUUUAAGCUAAACAACAUCUGAAAUAGCAAUCAAUGUCUUAUUUUCCACCUUGACAUCUGAAAUAGUAAUUAAUGUCUUAUUUCCUACCGGAUUGACCCUUUUUGGAGGUUGAAGAUGGAAAUUGUUUUGUUUUGUUUAGAAUGAAUCUAAGACAAAUUGGAUCAUUAGAUGGAAAUUUGUAUUUAACCUUCAACUUUUUGAGUAAAAUUUAUAUUUUCUACAAUUUUGAGGUGAGCUAUCCAUGAUAGAUGAAAUUAUGGACAGAGCUUGAGAAAAUGUCCGGUUCUAACAUUAUUUUGAUUUGGUUUGUUUUCUUGUUGGUGUUCAGGAAAUCGAGACCCUAUUGCGGUUUGUUUGGUGAUUUGGGAUAAAAGUGAGAAAUUUUGGAUCUUAAAAAAAACAAAAAAAAAAAAAAAAAAAAACAAAAAAAAAAAAGGAAAAAAAGAAUGGGACAAUUAUUUUCAUGUCCUUUGGGGGAUUUAGAAGAUUUGGAUUUCGAUGCCGUUCUUGUUAGAUCUAUUAGUUUUCAAGAUGGAGAGAUAAGGAAUCCAUUGCGGUCUGUUAGUUUCUGUGGAAGAGAUUCAGAGCCAGCGGCAGGCAAAUCCUACAAUUCUCACCGCAUGAGAUUUGAACGACCAAUUGCCACUAGAACAAGGGAAUUGGAGACUGUUUUCUCAUUCAAAACUCCAUCUGCAGAGAUGGAAAACAGUGAGUUUGGGAGAUCAACAGUUGGGCCUAAGAAUUGUGAUCAGUUUAUGACGCCUCGGAAUUCAGGUCAAAGUUACUCGACACCGAGAUAUUCCGAAGCGCCCAGGCAUGAACACUAUAAUGCUGCAGUGAAGCUACAGAAAGUGUACAAGAGCUUUAGGACAAGGAGACAGUUAGCAGAUUGUGCUGUGCUUGUGGAGCAGAGAUGGUUUGUGUCCAUAUUCGUUUGUACUCUCUUCAAAAUUUUAAGCAUGUUCAUGUCAAUCUACCCUUUCAAGAGCAGGAGAGGUAAAGAUUUGGAGUUUUCUUGUCCUAAAUCAUCACUUAAUAGGUGGAAGCUGUUGGAUUUUGCUGAACUGAAGAGAAGUUCAAUAUCAUUUUUUGAUAUUGAAAAACCAGAGACAGCGAUUUCACGGUGGUCGAGGGCCAGAACCAGGGCAGCCAAGGUAGGAAAAGGCUUGUCAAAGGAUGAAAAAGCCAGAAAACUUGCUUUGCAGCACUGGCUCGAGGCAAUCGAUCCUAGGCAUCGGUAUGGUCAUAAUCUUCAGUUUUACUACGUCAAAUGGCUUCAUUGUGAUAGCAAACAGCCCUUCUUCUAUUGGCUUGAUAUAGGAGAAGGGAAAGAGGUGAACCUUGAGAGAUGUCCCAGACAUAGGCUUCAUCAACAAUGCAUCAAAUACCUUGGUCCGAUAGAAAGGAAGGCCUACGAGGUUGUUGUGGAAAAUGGGAAGUUUAUGUACAGGUAUAGUGGGAAACUUCUUCACACAACUGGAGGGCCACGUGAUGCCAAAUGGAUCUUUGUUUUGAGCACAUCAAAAACUUUGUAUGUCGGGCUCAAGAAAAAGGGUACAUUUCAACAUUCAAGUUUCUUGGCUGGUGGAGCCACAUUGGCUGCUGGUAGACUAGUGGUUGAAGAUGGUGUUCUAAAGGCAGUCUGGCCUCAUAGUGGACAUUACCUUCCUACAGAGGAAAAUUUUCUGGAAUUCAUGUCCUUCCUUAUGGAAAACGAUGUGGAUCUAACCGAUGUUGAGAAAAGCCCAUAUGAGGAAGAAGAACUUCUCACCAAAGACAAAUUCACCUAUCUUCAAGAAGAUUCUCAAGACGUUGCUGGUGGAAUAAAUAUUAGAGACACAAUCGACAAGAAUAAUCCAUCUAGACCUCUUGUCUCUAAUCCUGCAGAGACUCAAAAACCACGAAUAUCAAGAUUAUCAAGAGGAUUACGAUCAAAGCUUACUAACCUUCAAAUACCAGAAAGAAGCAAUGUGUUUGACAUAUUCAAGAAGGAAACACUUCCAGCUAGUUGUAGAGCUCUCAUUCCAGAUUCUCCCUCCGACGAUGGCUACGAAACAGCUGAAGAAUCAUUCUUAUCAGAAAAAGAAUUCAUGGUUCCUAAAUCUAACCUCUUUGGCGAAGAUGAAGAAGACAAUGAUGAUCAACCAAUCCAGAAAGAGAAAAUCUUAAGGCGAAUUGUUUCACACAAGGAAAUGAAAUCAUAUCAGUUGGCAAAACAAUUGUCAAGCAGAUGGACAACUGGAGCUGGACCUCGCAUUGGUUGCAUGAGAGAUUACCCACAAGAGCUUCAGAACAAGGUAUUGGAGCAAGCUAACUUGUCUCCCAGAGAUAGAGUUGUUCAUGCUUCUCAUUCCCGGACUCAAUCUCGAAUUGGCUCCAUGACUUCGACUCCAAUUUCAUGUAAAGACAUGAGCACAACCAGAAGUCUGCUUGCUUCAAAUUGCCAGGUAUUGUCUCAAACUGCAACACCUUCGGCUGAAUGUAAUUAGAAUAUAAAUAACAAACGUGUGUAACACACGUAAAUACUCUGCAAUUACUGGAUAGAAAAGAUGAUAUAUAUAUACAUAGUUAAUGUGCUUCUUUAGACUCCAACAUGGACUGAGGGAUGAAACGCUUUUGCAUGCUUUCAUUGCCUACUAAUAUACAUAGACGCAGAGACUCUUUGCAAGCAGAGGUAUCAUCUUCUCAGAUUUCCCCAAAGAGAGUAUUCUGUUUACAUAACUAACAGAGUUAUUUUUGUCUCUAAACUACCUUAAUGUUUGUCAUCAUAACAUGAUUUCCUAAUUCAACAACAAUCAAAAUUAAGCCAAAUUGUACAAUCAAAACCCUUCAAACUGUUUGACAA